UUAGGCAGCGACCGAGCCCGGGGCUCUCGGGACAAGGUGCUGCCCGCAACCACACAGAACUCUCAGCCACAGAAACAGCCACAGGCAACCGCCGAACAGAUCCGACUUGCCCAGAUGAUCUACGAUAAGAACGAUGCAGACUUCGAAGACAAAGUCAAACAGCUCAUGGAGGUGACGGGGAAGAACCAGGAUGAGUGCAUGGUGGCGCUGCACGACAGCAACGAGGACGUGAACCGAGCCAUCAACUUCCUGCUGGAAGGGACCUCGGAUACGACCGCCUCUUGGGAGACCGUGGGAAGAAGAAGGUGGGAAAGGACAGUGGCCCGUCAGAGAGCAAGGAGAACCGAGAGAACCGGGACAGGCGCGGAGAGCGGGAGGGCAGCCGCGGACGCGGAGGGCCCAGCAAGAGGGGCCGGGGAGGCAGUCGCAGCCGCCCGGGAGGUGCGGGCAGAGGAGAAUGGGGUGGAACCUGCUCCUGUGGAAAGAGGCGCUGACCAUGGGCGCAGAGGCAGAGGACGGGUUGCUGGAACCAGGGGAAGAGGCAGAGCCCCAGGGACCAGCCGGUUUACAGCACAGGGAAUGGGGACCUUCAACCCUGCGGACUACACCACAGAGGCAGGCAGGGCUGCCGCACAGGCACAGGCGGAGAACUGGGAGGCAGGGGCCAAUGACGCCACAGAUGGACCAGUGGCUUGGAGGAGCCCUCUGGAGGACUGGGCCGCAGAAGACUGGAGUGAGGACCUCUCCGAGACCAAAGUGUUCACCGCCUCUUGUGCACCGACUACGGAGAACCACGUCACAGCUGGCCAAAGUCUGGACCUGGCCUCUCUGCUUCAGAAGCCGGCCGGCAGGGAGGAAGUGGGUGGGGGCCUGAAGGCUCCCUCGUCCGCUCCCUUGGGGCACAGCCUGGUGUUCACCAACUCCCACCACCACGCCACCCGCAACGGGGGCACCACACCGGGCACUGCCAGCUACGCACACGCCACCCUGUCGUCUGUGCUUGGUUCUGGUUUCGGCGAGCUAGGGGGCCCUAAGCUGGGCCAGUCUGCCGGUGCUCAGAUCCUGGAGCAGCUGAAGGGACCAGGCCUGGGGCCGCUGCCCACGCAGCCGCCCAGCAGUUCAGGGGCCAACCACACCCCUGUGGUGGGGGGCCUGGGGGGAACGGCGGGGCCGGCCGCACCCCCUCCCUCAUCCACCAUGGUUUCGUCGUCAUGGGACGUGAAGCCACCUGUGACGCAGGCCUCCGUGGCUAUGCCGUCACAGUUCAGCCGUGAGUUUAAGAUGCAGCCGGAGCCGUCUCUGGUGCUGAGCCAGCUGGCACAGAGGCAGACCCCCAACGCCCUGAGCCACGCCAGCCCCCUCCCCCUGGCCCGGCAGCAGCCCAGCCCCCCGCCGGCCUCCUCCGCCCCCGCCGGCCUCCUGGAGCCCUUCCCCAAGCUGCCGGAGCCCUUGCUGCUGCAGCAGCAGCAACAGAUGCAUGACGCCCAGGCUGCGGCCAACGCACAACAGCAGAGGCAGAUGAAGACGCAGAAACGCAGGAUACCUCCCAGCUCCAAGAUCCCCUCGUCUGCAGUGGAGAUGCCGGGCUCAGCAGACGUGUUGGGGCUGAAUGUGCAGUUUGGGGCGCUGGACUUUGGCUCGGAGUCGGCCAUGCCGGACUUCAGCGCGCCUUCAGAGGUCGGCACCACCACCAACAGCAGCAGCACCAUCAGCAGCGACGCAGCCAGAGACACUCCUGCUGUCAGUCAAACACAGAGCAGCCUCUACUCCAAACCUAUCAGUGAGGCUCUGACCAACCCGGUUCCCCUGCUGAUGCCUAUGUCCUCCGCGGACAUCAUCUACUCCUCGGCCUCCGUGCCCAUGCCCAGCCUGGCGCCCUCGCUCAGCAUCGCCAGCGCGGCCCCCAUGUCCUCCGUCACGUCCUCCUCCUCCGCCUCCUCGGCGGCCAGCAGCUUUGACUGUGGAGUGCCCCCUCACUCACGGCUCGCCUUCUCGCAGAGCAAAGAAGCCCCCGGCCCUGUGACGAAUGGAUAUAAUGGUGUGAGGACAUCAGCUGCUCUUGACUCCACAUCCGCGUCCUCAACCCCCAAACCGGAGUCGCCCUCUCUGGGCAGCACUGGCAGUGGGCCCCCCUCCGCUCCCUCGGCCCACCUGCCCCCCUCCAUGCCCCCCAGCACAACACUCUCCAGCCUGGCAGCUGAGCACCCCUCCGCCAGCCUCCCCCCUCUCAGCAGUCAUGUAAGCAGCGUCCACUCUGCACUUCCUACCAGCUCUUCUCACACACACUCCAGUGUGGACAGCGUGAACUCGCUGGCUCCCCCUGCCUCUGUGGCAUACUCAGGGGCGCAGACAGCAGGCCUGCCCAUCAGCAGCGGGGGGUCCAUGGGCAUGGUCAGCAACAGCGCCAUGCUCCACGGCUCCGGGGUGCUGGGCCUCACGGCCAAUGGGACCACAAACAACGCCAACACGGUGUCGGCCAUGAGGGCCGCACCACUGCUGUCCUCCUCUACCAGUAAAGCACCUCCUAACCUGUCUCAGGGGGUUCCUCCUCUUCUGCCCAACCAGUACAUCAUGGGUCCCGGAGGCCUCCUGCCAGCAUACCCGAUUUAUGGAUAUGAAGACUUGCACAUGCUGCAGUCUAGAUUACCCAUGGACUACUACGGAAUCACAUUCCCAGGCCCUGCGGCAGCUCUCUCCAGCAGAGACGGCGGCCUUGCCAACAACCCUUACUCAGGUGAAGUCACAAAAUUUGGGCGUGGCGACUCCACCUCUCCGGCUCCCCCCAGCUCACUGUCUGCGGGCCACGCGGGCCAGGCUCCCCAGGCUCAGCAGCAGGGCCAGAGCGGCAGUGGCAACGCCCCCCAGACGCAGGGGCACCACGCGGCACAGCAGGCCUUCCUCAACCCGGCGCUGCCCCCGGGCUACAGCUACACGGGCCUGCCCUACUACCCCGGGAUGCCCGGUGUGCCCAACGCCUUCCAGUACGCCCCCACCAUGUUUGUGCCGCCGGCCUCGGCCAAGCAGCACGGCAUGGGCCUGAGCAACGCCCCUCAAGCCACGCCAUUCCAGCAGCCUAGCAGCUACGGCCAGCACACCUUUAGCUCAGGGUAUGACGACCUGACGCAGGGUCCGGCAGGAGCAGACUACAGCAAAGGCUACAGCAGCUCCAACCAGACACAGGCCAAAUCUGCUGCCUCCGGCCCGGGGAAAGGUGUCUCUGUGACGUCUAGUAACUCCGGUGUGCCAGAUAUCAGUGGAACAGUUUACAAUAAGACCCAGUCGUUUGAUAAGCAGGGUUUCCAUGCUGGUACCCCUCCCCCCUUCUCCCUGCCGUCAGCUCUGGGGGGCACUGGGCAGCUCAACCCUGGGGGGGCUCCGGGUUACGCACCCGCCCCCUUCCUGCACAUCCUCCCCCCGCAUCAGCAGCCUCACUCCCAGCUCCUGCAUCACCACCUGAGCCAGGACACACAGGGUGGUCUGAACCAGAGGAGCCAGUCCAGCAGCAUGCAGCAGAAGACACAGGUCAACAAGUCCAGUUAUGGCAGCUCCCCUUACUGGGGCAACUAAGCGUGUGCGCGAGCGCGUGUGUGUGAGUGAACGUGUGUGCGUGUGUGUGUGUAUUUGGGCACACAUGUGCUACCAGUUGUGCAAGCCCACACCACAGCACCCAACCCACCAACCUCCCUUUACCUGACAAAUGAGAGGGAUAAACCAUUUCCAUCAUCAUCAUCAUGACACACGCAUGCGCGCACACACACACACACAUACAUACAAAUACGCUCCACACUCAAACCAGAUACAUAUGUACACACUACCUUCUCCCUGUUGAUCUCUCAUCUCCCCCUUUUUCAAAGUUUUGGCUGUUGUAUGUAAAAUAUAUUUAUGUAUGUAUUUAUACAGUAUGCUAUGUAUUGGUAGGAUAUGAAAUGUGGUCAUCUGCAUUUUGUUUUUGAAGGAUCUUUUUAUUAAUUUCCAAAAUGGUAAAGAUAUAAGCAAAUGUCGAUGCAGAGAAUUUAAGACAAAAAAACAAACAAACAACUGGCUGAAACUUAAAACCACAGGUGGAUAUACUUGAAUCAGUGCAUCAUGAGAGACGGCAGUUCUUUUUAUUUUAUUUUUUUUGUAUACAUACACAGAAAUUCUAAAUGACGGUGUACAUUAUCGCAGAGCAUCAUCUUAUUGGUGAAGCCUUUUUUAAAGAACUUUUUUGUAUUUUUUUUUCUUUGUCCCAGCCCCUUCAUUUUGUUGGACCUGUAAACUGUUUUCUAUUGAAGAGGGUGGAGUUUUGGCUCUUGCUAGCCAAGCACCGCUCCUGAAUUAAUGUCCCCUCCCCCCCCCCCUGAUCCCUUCCCCUUGUCUAAAUUGGCUGACCACGUAGCUGCAGUUUUAAAUUGAUUAAUUCGUAUCAUUUUAUCAGAAACUUUUUGAUUUUACCCUUGUUGUCCAAAUAAUAAAACAAAAAACUGA